AAUGGGGGAUGCUGCAGACGUCAAGGAAAUGAAGAAGACGUUCAUUGUCCCAGCCAUCAAACCGUUUGAUCAUUACGAUUUCGCCCGAGCGAAGAUCGCCUGUAAUCUAGCUUGGCUAGUGGCCAAGGCCUUUGGGACAGAAAAUAUACCAGAUGAGCUUCGAGAACCAUUUUAUACGGAUCAGUAUGACCAGGAACAUAUUAAACCUCCUGUUGUUAACUUGCUGCUGUCUGCAGAACUUUACUGUCGUGCGGGGAGUCUCAUCCUGAAGAGUGAUGCUGCCAAACCACUCCUGGGUCAUGAUGCUGUUAUCCAAGCUUUGGCACAAAAAGGCCUCUAUGUUACUGACCAGGAAAAACUGGUAACAGAGAGAGACUUGCACAAGAAACCUAUUCAGAUGAGUGCUCAUUUGGCUAUGAUUGACACCUUAAUGAUGGCAUAUACUGUAGAAAUGAUCAGUGUGGAAAAAGUUAUUGCAUGUGUACAGCAGUAUUCCUCCUUCUUCCAAGCUACAGACCUGCCCUAUGACAUAGAAGAUGCUGUCAUGUUUUGGAUAAAUAAGGCAAAUGAACAUUUAAAGGAUAUAAUGGAACAGGAGCAGAAGCUGAAAGAGCAACAUGGGGCAGAAGCUCCAGGAGGUCAGAAGGCUCGGUACCGGAAGGAACAGACUUUGCUUAAACAGCUGCCCUGUGUUCCCUUGGUAGAAAAUCUGCUGAAAGAUGGUAGAGAUGGAUGCGCUUUAGCUGCUCUGAUCCAUUUUUACUGCCCAGAGAUAGUUAGAUUAGAGGAUAUCUGUUUGAAGGAAACCAUGUCACUAGCCGACAGUUUGUACAAUCUGCAGUUGAUCCAGGAAUUUUGUCAGGAGUACUUAAACCAAUGUUGCCAUUUUGCACUGGAAGAUAUGCUGUAUGCCGCUUCUUCAGUAAAG